GAGUGUGAGGGUGAUAAAAAGUGGUUUGCCUUCAAAUGUCAGAAAAAAUUGACAAAAAAAGAAGUGGAGUGAAAAUAAGCUAACACGUAAUGAGCACACAAUCCUAGAAGAAGAACGUAAACAAACACAUGUGGAAUAGUUUCUGUACAAUUAUUAAGUAAAAAAAUUAUAAAGUAAAAAUCAUCAGAAAAUGGCACGCAAAAGAAAAAUUCCUGCUCGGAAACACCAUGGAGUGCGAGAUCCUCUAAAACAACUUGAAGAAAAAGAAAAAAGACUUAGUAAAGUUACAAAUAACCCACCUGAGCGGGACCAUCAGCAAGUAUCUUUCAAAUUCACACAAUUAAAAAAGUUAAUUGAUGACGCAAAAGCUGGGAAAAAACUUAAACGCAUACACAAAGGCCAGGAAGAUAAACCGAAAGAUAAAGUAACGCAUACAAAAAAAGUUGGCCAUAUACAACAGUUGAAGGAAGAAACGGAUGAAGAUUAUCUUAAGCGCGUAAAUAGAAUCACUUCACAGUCUUUACGGGAAGCACAGUACGAAGCUAAGUAUGGGGUUAACGUCAUACGUAACCCUAAAACUGGAGAGAUCUCAUUAAGUAAGAAGCCAAAAAAUGAGAUCGAUGAAUUAAUUAAGGAAAGAAAAAAGAAUAGAGGUAAGGGCAAGAAAACAAUUAAUGCUGGAAAGCCUUUGGAUCCCGUAGUUGCGAGGGAUUUGAUAAAACAGGCAAUUAAAGAAGACAAAGAAGAGAAAUCCAAUGAGCAUCUUGAUUUUGAAGAGUACAAACAAGAUUAUGUACGCUUUGGAGAAGUUGUACAUGCUCCUCCAACUCUUUCAACAUUGCCACGAAAAGCUCAAAAGUCGGAAACAGUGCCUAGGCCUGGUAAAAAGUCCAAUUUAUUACUCAAAUCACUACUACCAGAGACUAAAAGUGAAGACGUAUCAUUAGAGAAAAAGUCUAAAAUUACUGGAGGUAAAACAGAAAAGGUGAAACUUAGUGGUAAAAGAAAAAAUCUUUCAACGGCUGCAAGGAAAAUGAUUGAAGAAGAACAAAACAAAUUCAUUGAGUUAUAUAGGAGUAUGAAAAAAGCAAAAGUUAAAAAUUAAAACAAAUAAGCUAAGCUG